UGCAUAUGCAACGAGCGCCGGCCCGGGCUGCCGCGUCCUGGACUGCGGCUCAACAGACGCUGUUCAGCCGGCUCCGGGGCAGCGACGCUGCGGUUGUGGCCAGGCCUGCGGGCUGGGACGGAGAGCCGCCAACGACGGAGCAGCGGGGAGGCGGAGCAGGCGGUGGCCGGUCGUCCUUCCGAGUCUCACAGGACGGCCGUGGUAGCUCCGUGGCGCUGGGCAGGAACCGCUCCGGGAACCAAGCCAGGCCUGCCUGCGUGGGUCGGAGCCCACGAUUCUUGUUGAAAUCUGUUAAUUCUAUUUUUUGAACACUUAUGAAUAACCACGCAUCUUCAAAACCAUCUACCAUGAAGCUAAAACAAACCAUCAACCCCAUACUUUUAUAUUUCAUACAUUUUAUAAUAUCACUAUAUACUAUUUUAACAUACAUUCCAUUUUACUUUUUGUGUGAGUCAAGACAAGAAAAAUCAAACAAAAUUAAAGCAAAGCCUGUCAAUUCAAAACCGGAUUCUGCAUACAGAUCUACUAACAGCUUGGACAGUUUGGCUUCGGUAUUGUAUCCUGGCUGCGAUACACUUGAUAAAGUCUUUGUAUAUGCAAAAGAUAAAUUUAAGGACAAAAGGCUAUUGGGAACACGUGAAAUUUUGAAUGAGGAAGAUGAAAUUCAACCAAAUGGAAAAAUUUUUAAAAAGGUUAUCCUGGGGCACUAUAAUUGGCUUUCCUAUGAAGAUGUCUUCAUUCGAGCCCUUGACUUUGGAAAUGGGUUGCAGAUGUUGGGCCAGAAACCGAAGACCAACAUCGCCAUCUUCUGUGAGACCAGGGCUGAGUGGAUGAUUGCCGCACAGGCCUGUUUCAUGUAUAACUUCCAGCUUGUUACACUGUAUGCUACCCUGGGAGGUCCAGCCAUUGUUCAUGGACUUAAUGAGACAGAGGUGACCAACAUCAUUACUAGUAAAGAGCUCUUGCAGACAAAGCUGAAGGAUAUAGUCUCUUUGGUCCCACGUCUGCGGCAUAUCAUAACUGUUGAUGGGAAGCCUCCAACCUGGUCUGAGUUCCCCAAGGGUGUCAUCGUACACACCAUGGCUGCAGUGCAGGCUCUCGGAGUGAAGGCCAACGUGGAAAACAAAGCUCACAGCAAGCCAGUGCCCUCAGACAUUGCGGUCAUCAUGUAUACAAGCGGGUCUACAGGGAUUCCGAAGGGAGUCAUGAUCUCUCACAGCAACAUCAUUGCUGCUAUAACUGGGAUGGCGAGAAGGAUUCCAGGGCUGGGAGAGGAAGAUGUAUACAUUGGAUAUUUGCCCCUGGCCCAUGUUCUAGAAUUAAGUGCUGAGCUUGUGUGUCUUUCUCAUGGAUGCCGAAUUGGCUACUCUUCACCACAGACUUUAGCAGAUCAGUCUUCAAAAAUAAAAAAAGGAAGCAAAGGAGACACAUCCAUGUUGAAGCCAACACUGAUGGCUGCUGUGCCGGAAAUCAUGGAUCGGAUCUACAAAAAUGUCAUGAAUAAAGUGAAUGAAAUGAGUAGUUUUCAGCGAAACUUGUUUAUUUUGGCCUAUAAUUACAAGAUGGAACAGAUUUCAAAAGGGUAUAGCACUCCACUGUGUGACCGCUUCGUUUUCCGGAAUGUUCGAAAGCUGCUGGGUGGAAAUAUUCGUCUUUUAUUGUGUGGUGGUGCUCCACUUUCUGCAAAGACACAGCGAUUCAUGAAUAUCUGUUUCUGCUGUCCUGUUGGCCAGGGCUAUGGACUCACGGAAUCAACUGGGGCUGGAACGAUUACAGAAGUGUGGGACUACAAUACCGGCCGAGUGGGAGCACCAUUAGUUUGCUGUGAAAUCAAAUUAAAGAACUGGGAAGAAGGUGGCUAUUUUAACACUGAUAAACCACAUCCCAGAGGGGAAAUUCUUAUUGGUGGCCAGAAUGUGACAAUGGGAUACUACAAAAAUGAAGCAAAAACAAAUACUGAUUUCUUUGAAGAUGAAAAUGGACAGCGGUGGCUCUGCACUGGAGACAUUGGAGAGUUUGACCCUGAUGGUUGUCUGAAGAUUAUUGAUCGUAAAAAGGACCUCGUGAAACUGCAGGCCGGGGAGUACGUUUCUCUUGGGAAAGUCGAGGCAGCUCUGAAGAACCUGCCAUUAGUAGAUAACAUCUGUGCCUAUGCAAACAGCUACCAUUCUUACGUAAUUGGAUUUGUUGUGCCAAAUCAAAAGGAGCUCACGGAGCUAGCUAGAACAAAAGGGUUUGAAGGGACUUGGGAAGAGCUGUGUAAUAGCAGUGAAAUGGAAAAUGAGGUCCUUAAAGUGCUUUCUGAAGCUGCUGUUUCAGCAAGCCUGGAAAAGUUUGAAAUUCCAGUGAAAAUUCGUUUGAGCCCUGACCCAUGGACUCCUGAAACUGGUCUGGUGACGGAUGCCUUCAAGUUGAAACGCAAAGAGCUUAAAACACACUACCAGGCAGACAUUGAGCGGAUGUAUGGGAGAAAAUAAUUCGUUUCGGCAUCAGUUUGCUAAAGUGAGCUCAGAUCAAAUAGGAAAAUACUUGAAAUGUAUGUCCUCAUGUUAGCCCAGCUGUUACUUCUCACUCCACCAUUCUAAUGGACAGGAUUAGGACAAUGUUAAGACAGCAAACCUGUGUCUGUCUGUUUCUUCCCUCCUCCAGUUUGCUUCGGCAUCUAUGACUGUGUUUGUCAAUAGGAGAAUUUUUCUGAAUCAUACUGGGGAAGCAGUGAUUUUAAAACCUCAAGUUUUUAAACAUGAUUUAUAUGUUCUGUACAAUUGUUCAGUUUGUAACUUUUUAAAGUUUGGAUGUAUAGAAGGAUAAAUAGGAAAUAUAAAAAUUGGUUAUUUGGGGGGCUUUUUUACUUAUUGUAUUUAAAAAUAAAAGGGUAUCAAUGUGAAAUUAUGUAAAUUUUAAAUGCUUAUGAAUCAAGUCACUGUUGAACAAAAGAUUUGUUGCUGUGUAAUUAUUGUCUUGUAUGCAUUUGAGAGAAAUAAAUAUACUCAGACUUAUGUUUUAAGAAAUUGAGACCUUGAGCAUACCUGCCUGACACUGUUGGUUUUGUAUACUUAUUUCCUCUACUGGGAAGACAGUGGGUUGGCACUGCAUGAAGUAGCAGGAGAGGGACAGGGUUCAGUGACAAGGCCAGUGGUACUUCAAACAUUAGAUAGUUCUCAUUUUGUUAUGAAUUGUUUUAAUAGUAGUGCACAUGUUCAAGAGAGAGUGAGUGCAAGAGAUAGAGAGAUGGGUAGACCGAUAUUUCAGUGGUGGAAGCUUGUUAAAAUCACAAUUCCUUACCCUUGUAGCAUUUCAUAUUAGAACAUGAAAGUUUAGCCUGUCUGUGAAUACUACUUACUGCGUCAUUUCUAGUGAAGAGUCCUAUUGCAUCAGCUAGGAUACCUGUGUGGUAGUGUACUCAUCAGACUGUCUUUCCUCCUCUCUGUCUCUCUCUUAUCCCUCCCUCCUUUCUUGACAGGGUCUUGCCACGUAGACCAACAUGGUCUGGAACUCAGAGAUCCCCUUGCCUCUGCCUCUCAAGACAUGCUGGGAUUAAAGUAGUGUACACCACCAUACCCAGCCAGACAUUUUUCUUGAUCUCAGUUACUUUAGGCGUCAAAAGUGCAAAAGAGGACAUAGAGAACAAAAAGAACACGAGAAUGCAGGCCUGUGUAGGUGAGGUUUAUGUGUGUGUCAAGGGUGGGCUGCAGUGGUGAGAGGAAUCGGGUCCUUGGAGUUCCCCCUCAUGUUAUGAACUACUUAUUUGGAGAUAUCUUAUACUACAGUGUUUUGUGGUUUUGUAUAUUGUUUUGAAUACUUUUUUCUUUGUUGAAAUUUAACUCUUAAAUGAUGCUUGAAAACUUUUAAACUUUCCAAAGAAGAAGUGGAGAAAGAAGUAAAUGGAGCUUCUCAAUAUCA